AUGGUUUUUAAAGACGGUCGAGUUAUGCGCCUUGUGGAAUGGGCGGGUAAAAAAUGCACUUCAUUCCUUCUUCUCCUUCUUGAAAGAAUGGAAGAAAGCCACCUGAAGUCCAUUGGUCUAAGUAUUGACGCCUUAGAGAAGGAUUUGAAGCGUUCUGUGCGUGAGGAGCAGCGUCAUUGGCAUGAAAAUGACGCCAAGUUGAGAGCGGUUCAACAGAAGGUGGCCACGUAUGAGGAAUUUCGGAGCAUGGUUGAGGGUUGCGAGCUUCGACCGCUGCAAUUAAAGGAGGUGAAGGAGGCCACCAAACGCUAUGCUGGAUGGAGUCCUCUUCUCGCGCCAGUCCCCAGUUCUGUCAAAAUACCUCAGCCCGGCGAUCUGGCAUCUUUGGGGGACUUUCAGAUUGUGCGAUUCAACAAAAUUGACGAUUUCAUUCGGUGCUGGGGUGACCUUGAAGGCCACCAAUCCGAGCGCGCUUUGGCGGAUCUAUUGAUGGAGCAAUCGAGGGAACUGCUUCAAGAGGUCUUUGCUUCCAGUGCUGGACUCCCUAUUCUUCCUCGAGUUUUGAAGUGUCUUCUAACCGCGUCAUCAGAGGACCCACAGCGUAACUUUUUGUCUGGCAGAAUGGAGACGUAUUCCAGAGAAGGAAUAGGGGGUCUCAAUGAAACUGUACAAGUACCCUGUCAAGUCGCUCCACGCCGUCUUGAAAUUCGGAGAUGCAGGACUGUAAGGGACACUGAAGAUGCCAUUCUGCAAGGAGGAUUGGAUUGUCAUGCCGUAGACGACGUCGAAGUGAAUAUUCAUAUCCAGAAUGACUUGUCCCAUCUUGCGGUGUCGUGUAUCAAGAAACCGUCUUCGGAGAACUGUACGCUGUACGCGAACAGGUCUGGUCGUCCUACACCUCCCGAAACCACAAAGUGGCUGUCAAAUGUGGUGUAUUAUUGA